CAAUCAGAAGGGCCAAUCUUCCCAUGUCUUGAAAACCUCUUUCUCAUUCAAAUGCCAAAGUUGAAGGAAUUGUGGAGGAGGGACACAACACACCCACCUACUUCAUGUCCUUGUCUUUCACAUUUACAGAUCCAAGGCUGCAUAGUGUUGGCAUCCUUAGAACUGCAUUCAUUUCCUCUUCUUUCUAAGUUAGAGAUCUCCGGUUGCCCUAAGCUGACAUCCUUACUACUGCCUCUAUCUCUUGAUUCUCCUCUUUCUAGUUUACAUAUCUUCGAAUGUUCUGACUUGGCAUCCUUGAAUUUGCAUUCAUAUCCUCUUCUUUCUAGUUUAAAUAUCAGCUGUUGUGGUGAGCUCACGUCCUUACUAGUGCCUCCAUCUCCUCUUCUUUCACAAUUUAAUAUCAGCUCCUGUGAUAAGUUGGCAUCCUUGGAACUGCAUUCUUCUCUUCUUUCUCACUUAUGGAUCUAUGACUGCCCUAAGCUAACGUCCUUGCUACUGCCUCCAUCUCCUCGUUCAGAAUUAUCCAUCUUGCAUUGUGGUGAUUUGGCAUACUUGGAACUGCCAUCACUUUCACAAUUAUGUAUUGAGGAUUGUGGUCACUUGGCAUCCUUGAAAUUGUCUUCGUCUCCUCUUCUUUCUAGUUUAACCAUCUCUCAUUGCCCUGAGCUCACAACUAUGCAAUUGUCUUCAUUACCUUGUCUUAAAACACUAAAACUGUGUAACGUGAGAGAAAGGGUAUUCCGGCAGUUAAUGCUUGUCACUGAUUCGUCACUGGAGUCUCUGUAUAUGGAGGGCAUACAUGAUAUGGAAUCUCUCAGACGUGAGCUGCUUGCACAUGCUUCAACUCUUCAACGUCUCUCAAUUACAAAAUGUUAUGGUUUGGCAACAUUACCACACUGGAUAAGCAGCCUCACCUCACUUACAGAGCUUGAUAUACGUGAUUGUAAGCAAAUAGCAGAAAGAUGUCGAAGGGAAACAGGUCAAGACUGGCCCCAGAUUGCUCAUAUCCCAGAGAUUUAUAUCAAAGAUGGUGAAGAGUGAAUUCAUCCAGAAUGUUAUUUUAGAUGUAAUUGCUGCAAAUUCAAUGUAAAGAAUGAAUAAUGGUGGGGCUUGGACACCUCUAUCAGUGGAUGCAAUAUUUGAUCUCCUUUGAGAGCCUUAAUAAAUAUUGCAGAGAGCAUUUUUGCAGCAUAAUGAGCUGGUGCCUCCACUAUUAGGGCUUUGAAAUGUUAACAUUCUGGAAAUCCUUACAAUCAUCAAUUUCUCUUGUUUUGCAACUUAAUCAGACUAGAAGAUGGCCUGGUAUCUCUUAAUGAGCUUGAAAAUGUUGUUGGCCUUGAAUUGAAAUCACUGCCAGGAGGGAUGUGUCACUCAACACUUCAAUUUUCCCAAAAUUGAUAUUGACUAGCAAUGGUACCUGAUUCAUAUAUGAUUUCUUUUCUUUAAUUGAAGCGUGUCAUCUACAAUAUAUUUCAGAUGUAAUUGUUGUUACUGAAUGUACAAGGGAUAAUGGUGGGGCUUGGACAUCUCUAUGAGGGGAUUCAAUAUUUCAUCACUUUUGAUACCUUAAAUAAAAGUUGCAGUGAGCUUCUUUUGUCAGAUAAUGAGGAUGAGGUUGGCCUGAAAAUUGCAAGAACUCCGAAGCAUGAGUUGGUGUCUCUAGUAUUGAGGCCUGGAAAUGUUACUAUUCUAGAAAUUCUUAAAAUCGUCAACUGCUCUUGCUUAGCAACUUUAUGAGACUGGAUGGAUAGCUUGACAUCUCUUAAUGAGCUUCAAAAUCCUAUUGGCCCUGAAUUGAAAUCCCUGCUACAUGAGGGAUACGCCCCUCAGCACUUCAAUGUUCCUGAAAUUGAUAUUGACCAUCAACGAAUGAUCAUAAAGGAUUUUUAUUCUUUAAUUCAAGCAUGCCAUCUAUAAUACAUUUCAGUUUGACUUCCUAAACUCAUCACAAUUAAUUUUGAAAGAUGUUUAAUAUGCUCGACUCUGCCAUGCUUCGUUUGAAUUCCUCGCCUCAAGUCUCUACAGCUUGAUGAUCUGGAAAAGGUGGAAUACAUGGAAUGUUCAUCAGAAGGGCCAUUCGUCCCAUUUCUUUAAAAACUCAAUCUUACUCGAAUGCCAAAGUUGAAGGAAUUGUGAAGGGACUUACCAACACAACCACCUCCUUCAAUUCCUUAUCUUUCACAAUUAGAUAUCGAGUAUUGUAAGGAGUUGGCGUCCUUGGAAUUGCAUUCAUCUCCUCUUCUUUCUAGUUCAAAGAUCUCGCAAUGCCCUGAGCUCACAUCCUUACUACUGCCACAAUCUCCUCUUCUUUCGAAAUUAGAGAUAGGGAGUUGUGAUGAGUUGGCAUCCUUGGAACUGCAUUCAUCUCCUCUUCUUUCUAGUUUAGACAUUCUUGCAAGUGUCUUUGUUACCUUGUCUUAAGAAACUACUACUGUCUAAAGUGAGAGAAGAGGUAUUGCGGCAGUUAAUGCUUGUUACUGAUUCUUCAUUGGAGUGUUUGUCCAUAUGGAAGAUAUAUGAUUUGAUAUUUCUUCCUGAGGAGCUGCAUUGACAUGUUUCAACUCUUCAACGUCUCUCAAUUUACAACUGUUGUGGUUUGACAACAUUACCACGCUGGAUUGGCAGCCUCACCUCACUUAGUCACUAUAUACACAAUUGUGAGCACCUUGCAGAAAUACGUUGAAGGGAACUGGCCCAAGAUUGCUUAUAUCCCAUGAAUUAACAUGUACCUGCAUUAUUGAAGAGUGAACUUAUAUAGAAUGUCAUUUUAGAUUUUACAUUCCUUAAGAAGCUUAUGAUUGGCUUAAUGCCUAAAGGGAUGCUAAAAGGGGAUAGGUCUUGGGUUGCCCUAAAUAUUUCACAUGGCCCAUAAAUUCAUAUCUACUAGAUGACUAGUGCAGAAAGGACUUUUGCUCUGUUUUCAAUUCAGGCCUGCUAGUGGACAUAUAUAUUUCAGACAGCUUCUUUUGUUGGAUAAUGAGGAUGAGGUUCACAUGCAAAUUGCAAGGACUCAGAAGCUUGAGUUGGUGUCUCCAUCAUUAGGGCCUCAAAAUGUUAUCAUUCUGGAAAUUCUUAAAAUACUGUUAUUGUUUAGUAACAUCAUCAAAUUGGAUAAACAUCCAAAGAUCUCUUAAUGAGCUACAAAAUGCUGUUUGCCCUGAAUUUGAAUCACUGUGCUCCUCAGUUCUUCAAUGUUUCCAGAAUUGAUACUGACCGAUUUCACCUUGUUUAAGAUACUCGUGGUUAUUCAUUGGCCCAAAGGUUUCUUAUAUGCCAUUGCAAAUAAGGAUGAUGGUGAGGAUGGGUUGAAUAUUGCCCAUGCAUUGGAAAAAAAGCUAUUGAGGGUUGGUGCAAAGUUAAAAACUCCUCUUACUUGCAUCAGACUCUCUUUUCACUGCUCUCAAGUGAUAACAUUACCAGACUAGAUAGGCAAGCUUACAGCACCUAUGGAGCUCUGAAUUUAUUGUUUCCCUCAAUUACAUCACUGCGAGAAGAGAUGCAUUCCCUUAGCACCCUACAGAGACUAAUACAGAAAGCCACUUCAGAUUGCACCUUACUUAAGAAUCUUGUGAAAAAGUCCUUGGCCCAACGUGAAAUCACUCCCUACAGUAGCCUGUUCGAGCUUGAAAGCACUGCAAGAAGGUAACAAGUUUUGAAUUGGCUUAAAUAUUUCUCAUUGCCCUGAAAUUCAUAUUUAUAGAUGUCUACUGUAGAAAGAAUUCCUGCUAUCUUCUUCAAUCCUAGUUGCUUUGUACCAUAUAUUUUAGGUAAUCACCCUACUAUGGAUGGCUAUAUUAUUUUUGUAAUUUAAUUAUCAAUCUGUUAAGAGUGUUAUGCUCAUUUGUUAUUUCUCAUAUUUACUAGGAUACUAACCAAAUUGAACAAGUCACAAACAUUAAAUGUAAAUUUUGUAGACUAGUUCUCUUGUCUUUUUCCCAUGUGUGUGUAUUAGCAUAGAUAAAACAGAAGUCUAUCACAAUGCUUUUAAUUAUUUUUAAAAUGUCAUUCUAACCAAACACAACUAGGUAAAAGACUUCCUUAUUAUUCCAUCCUAUUUGUAAUUUUUUUAGGUAUAGAACUGUCCCUUUAUGUUAAAUAUAGCUGAAUAAUUUGGGCUAGAAAUCAUUAACCAGGUAUUGCAAAUUAGCAACAUCUGUUAAGAGUCUAAUUCUAUUAAUUAAUAGUUGUUGGACAAAGUAAUUGUGUAAUUUCUGUCACUCUUCACCUCUUUCAUUAACUCAUUAGAUUAGUAAAUUUAGAAAUUCGUAUCUUCAAAGAUAUAAAUCGCUAGUGCUUUGUGUUGGGGUGCAAGCAGAAUUGCCGACAGGUAAGUCGUGUCCCGGGAUAGUGAUAUGGAUAGUAAUUUACUAUUCUCCUCCAGCUCAGCAAGACCUGUUAAAUAUUACAGCAAGUAAUAUUUAUGCAAUAUUUGGGUGGCUAUGCCAAUCCACAACAAUUAUAAAUAUGCAGUUGGGUGGCAAAGCCAAUCCACACAUAGAAAAUUAAAUAACAAGUACAGACACCAAAUUUAAUGUGGUAAAACUCUCAAUGUGAGGGAAACCUCCAUGGGAAAAUAAAUCCACUAUGUGACAAAAUUGGUAUAACAAUAUUACUCAAGUGUUGCCACUACUUGAGUUUCUCACACCCCAGGAUAUGAUCACAAUCCUCAUAAUUUUAUCACUCAAUACUCUCUCUAUGGAGCACUCAAAACUUUUUUCUCUUCACACUCUCCUUGGUGUGAUACCCACAACUCUUCCUGGCUGUUUCUCACAACUCUUUGUGGUUGUGUUGCUCAGAGAUGAGCUAAUGCUCUGCACUUGAUGCACCCUAAACGCCCCUAUUUAUAGGCGUAUUCUGGAUGCUUAUUUGGUGUGUGAACUGAAGAAAAAACUUCAAUUUAUGUUUCCAACAAGGGUGGGCAGCCUUUGUCGAAAUAAUGUUUCUCCACAUGUGUGCAUUAAUGGGACUGGACCCCAUUACUUUGUACUUGGAUGACUAUAAGUCAAUAUAUGAUCUUGUUACUCCAUUUUCCAUUCUACUAGUUGGGAAAUUUAUUGGGUUAACUAUUAUUUGAGAUGUAAUUGUUGCCAAGUCAAAGAAAAACUAAAUAUUGAAGUAGCUGUCUCAACUCUCUAAAUGAAUUGGAAAAUGAGGAUUUUCAUAGACUAAUAUCUCUCCUAGUGUCUGCCACCUCACCUUUCUAAGGUAACCAGAAAGUGGGAAUUGUCAUAGGCUAAUAUCUCUCCUCCUGUCUAGCACACCUCAUUUCUCCCAAGUUAUUGAAAAUGCAGAGGGGAGGUAGCCUAAUUUCUUUGUCUCACAACCCUUAGAGCCUUUAGAUUGCUGACUGCUUUGAUUGAAAUGGUGGUGAGAAGGGAUCUGCCUAUGAGCACUUUACAAAAACUCAUAAUCUACCAUUGUUGUUGAUACUUACUAAAAAACAUGCCAAAAGGAAAGGGUUAAGACUGUCCUAAGAUUUCUAAAUUUCUUGCAAUUGUGUUGUGAGUGACAUAUAAACAUGGAAGGGUUAGCCUGUCCAUGUGUAAAUCCUGUGGUUAGGGGAGUGGUUGGAGCAAUGAGGCUCAUUUCAGUUUUAUUUAAGAGAAUCUAGAACCAUGCUAAAGGGCCUACUUGAGAUAUCGACUAGCAAAGAUUGGUUGAUUCAUAAACUACUCGUAGUCUCUCUAAUUUGAGCAUGCCAUCAACAAUAUGUUUCAGGUUUACAAUGCAGUCUUUUUCCUAUUUUUUGAUGGCUUCAAUUUUUUUUAUUAUUAUUUUACAAUGUUCUAAAAGUGUUAUACUUUUUGUAUAAUUUUUUUUCCUGAUUCUCAUAUGCAUUAGCACAUAUUGUGUGCAUAUGUAAGUGCGUUAAGAAUUCUUAAUAUUUAAUUCAUUACUUCCCAUUCAUUUUGUUUAAAUUGUUCUACUUUGUUUAGAGUUCAGAUAUUUUCUGCAUGCAGUAGAACACCAACAGUUUGAGUGAGUUUCAAAUCUUACCAAUUCAUAUGACAAUCUAGUUACCUCCCUUCACUUGAGUUUCUUGACCUCUGGGAUUGGAAUGCUUUGGAGUACACAAACAAUAAUGGUAAUAUCUCUCCCAAAGAAGGUACUUCAACCUGUUAUAACCCUCCACAUUCUCACAAUUGACAACUGUUCUGCUUUGGCAAUACUACUAUCACUUAACUCAUAGAGGUUCAAGUUCAUUCUUUCUCUGAAUUGAUAUCACUGCAGGAUGAGAUGAAUACCUUAUCACCCUUCAGAAACUCAAAUCUACAAUUAUCUAUGUCUAUCGGAAAGAUGCCAAAAGGAAUUGAUCAAGACUGACCCAAGAUCGCUUAUAUCUCAAAAAUUUAUAUUUUUGUGAAAAUUCUACUAAUACAUAAAGGCAUUUCAGGUAAGGGAAGACUGAUGCGUAAAGACUCGUGCUCUCUUUAAUUCAGAUUUGCCUUGUGUCAAAUAUUUCAGGUUUGCAAUGCCAACCAUAUUUACCAUUUUUGUUGGCUUUAUGCUUUGUUGUUUUUAUAGUCAUCUGUUAAGAUUGUUUUCUUGUUGUAAUAAAGAUUAGCCAUGCCAUGUAGGUUAGACAUGCAUACAUAAGUGGAUACGCUUGGGAGUGAAGAUAGUUUUCUAAGCUUUUUGGUAAAAGAAAUCAAUGUUAAUGCUCCAUAAUAUCUUAUUUGAAAUAAUUAAAUAUCGAUUAUAAAAGUGCUUGGAUUAAUAAUUUUUUUUUUGAAAAUUAAUUCAGUAUCAAUGCCAAUACUAAAGACAUAAUGCUUAGUCUUGGUUGAGCGUUGUUCAGUACUCUAGAGGCACAUGUUGACAGGCUAUGGAUGGGUGACACCCAUUGAAAAGGUGGUUGAUAGUAUGAUUUUGCCCAUUCUUGAAGAUUUGACAAACUUCAAGAUAUGUCAAGGAGGACUACCACUCUCAAAGCAAGUGACAAUUACAACAACACUUAUUGCUGAUAUCAUUUCCCCAAGUUGAUAUCCAUGCCACUACAUCUACACCUAAACAAUCUACACAAAAGGGUUGCUUAUAUAAAUGAAAUUCAUUUAUAUCCCAAAGUAAAUGAGAAGGGAAAGAUGUUGAUUUUUAUGUUGAAGAUCACUCAAGAGUUGCUUGUAUAAAUGAAGUUCAUUUAUAUCCCAAAGUUAAUGAGAGAAGGGAAAGAUGCUGAUUUUUAUGUUGAAGAUCAUGGAAGAGUGUUGCCUAUAUAAGAGCAAUUUCUCAUAAUGGAGAGUGAAGAUGGAACCAACCUCACUUCAAAACCUUAAAUUGCAUUACUAAAACAUGCAAAGUAUGGAUUAAGAGGAUGGUUAAUUGAGAAUGGAAGGGUGGAUCCAAAAUUCUCUAUCAUGGAUGAUUGUUGAAGCUUUAGUUCAAACCCAAACGUACACUAGAUGGCAGCAGUUGUGGCUUCUAAAUCUUCCUCAGGUGUAUUUGUUUUCUAAACAGUAAUAGACGACUUUCAGUCUUUAUACUUGCAAUUUCAGUUUGUCAGUUUUUGUUCCCAAAAUUAUUGUGGAUCUAUACAUCUUAGAGUGGUACUUUAAUGCCUGUUAUUUUUGUGGGUCAUUUUUGACUUGUUUGUAUGUAAUCUUUUAUUGAGUUCAUUUUUCCUUAUGAUCUUUUCUAGAUUCUAAUAUUGAGCCUAACAUACUGAGUGCGCUUUAUAAUUAAAUUUGAAAAUUUUUUAUUUGUUUUGUUCUAGUUCA